AAACUUUUUAAAACCGCACACCAAUUAAUUUUCAUAUCGUUUCCUUCGCGUUUUCUUCAUUCAGAGACAUUAACUUUCUCCCUUUCUUUCUUUUGUCCUUUUUAUACAUGACAGUUUAACCCACGAAACUAAUGUAAUUUAUCCAUUACUUGUACAAGAAAUCCAUAAAAAUGUACUUUAAACAUCAGAGUUUGAGUUUGCUUUUCACCUUUGACCUAUCAUUUGUAAAAUGAGUGACUGCAUACCAUGACAUUCAUAAGUGCAUAAAGCUAUAUAUACAGUAUUAUUAUGCAAAAUAGGAAACUGAAUAUUUAUUUGAUCGGCAAAUUUUUGAAACUGAUAUUGAAAUGUCCAGGAUAAACCAUAUUAAAACGUAAGUGUAUAUUUCAUUUUCGUCUUUUGUUCAGCAUAUUUAUGAUUUAUAAAUUUAGUUGUCUCUAUAAACAUCACUUAUUACCUAACAUUAAGCUUUUUAGACUCUUGAAAAGGAAAGACAAUUAUGUCAUAUAAGUAUGACUAAAACAACUAGCAUAACCCAAACGCUGGAUAAAGGAUGGUCUUGGAUUGUAAUGUUGGCAUGUUUUUGUACAUUCUUUUUGAUAGGUGCAAAUAUUCUUGGUGUUGGAAUUAUGAAUUUGGUGCUUCUUGAAAGAUACGGUGAAAAUGUUUUACUAACAGCUUGGGCAGGUUCAUUGCAUACAGCAUUUGCGGCUCUUGGAGGUCCGUUAUCAAGCUUUUUGGUAGACAAAUACAGUUGUAGGACAGCCGUUGUAUUAUCAGGACUAGUUUUUACAGCUGGGUAUUUAGGAACAGCGUUUGCACCUAAUAUUCAAACUACUAUCUUCACAUUAGGCAUUGUCGCCGGAAGUGGCGCAGGCCUUGGUUACACCUCUAGUAUUGUUGUGAUUGGAUUCAAUUUUAAAACGAAACGUGAUACUGCUGUGGGAUUUGCGCUAUCUGGAUUGGGGGCAGGACUGUUUGCCGUUGCUCCAUUGAUGCAACUUGCAGCCGAACACUAUGGAACAACAGGAUUUUUUAUCAUACAGGCUGCAAUCUCAUUGAAUAUUGUAGUUUUUUGGGACCACAUAUUUUCCUAGUAAACUAGAGCUACAUACACAAGAAAUGCGAAGAUUCAACAAUGCAUCGUUGUCUGCAAACGCCAUAACACGCUUCCGCAAAGCCAUCAAACCAUAUAAUAAAGCUUUAAAUAACAAACCUAUAUAUCUUUUGUGUUUAGGAAUGCUUUUAAAUGGUGUCGGAAUUUAUUUAAUAUAUCUAUAUUUUCCUAUCUAUAUCGUGUAUAAAGGAUUUUCAAAAGCUCAGGCAUCAUAUAUGUUGUCGAUUAUAGGAAUAUUUGCAGUAAUUGGUCGUCUAUUAACUGGAUUCGUCGCAAGUCUUCAUAAAUCUAUAGACAUAUGGUUGUACGCUGGUUCUCUCGCUGUCGUUUCGAUUGCUACUAUUGUAUAUCCACACAAUUCAAAUACACUUGUAGGACAAAUAGGCUAUGCAGUAGUAUUUGGACUUUUUUCCGGCAGCUGUUUUGUACUUUUAACAUCAGUUAAUAUGUCGUUUGUUGAUAUAAGGCACGUAUCUGCAGCAAUCGGUGUCGAGUUAUUCUUCUGUGGAAUUGGUUCCAUACUAGGACCGGUAUUU